GGUGAAAUUUUAGUCGAGGAGAAAGGUGCCUUGCAGUGGGCAAACACUUGUUUUACGGCGAGGGAUAAUAGCUCCUAUAAUUCGCGCAACACCUCGUCGCAACACCGCACCGCUGAGCCCUGCACCUGCCUUUGCCUGUGCUGGCCAAAACCUACUUAUACCAUAGCAUAAAGCGCCUGAGGUACUACGAAGCACCAGCGUUCGGCAUAUAGGCGUCAGUUGCAAAUGGGCAAGGCGCAGGAAUCAAAGAACGCCGAGGACCGGGGCACCACAGAGGCGUGGAAGGAGAAGGAUCAGGCCAUCACGGUCACGGAAGGCAAUGGUUUUCUCUAUAACCUGAAGCUGCGGGCCAAGGUUGACGCCACCCCAAGCGACAUCUAUGACAUCCUGACAGACCCAAACACGGUCUCCAUCUUUCGAUCAAUCAAGGAAUGCACGUACAGGAAUGAGGUGGAGAACGACGGCAAGGGGAGGCGCAAGCUAGAGAUCGGGCACCGCGCGCUGGCCCGCUUCCUCUUCAUCAACAUCACGUUUGAGACGCACUUGCACGUGUGGGAGGACGAUGUGGCCAAGACGAUCCGUUUCCAAAUGGCCAAGCCGGGCAUGAUGCAGAAGUUCGACGGCUGCUGGGAGGUCAAGCCCUUCACACAAGCCACCCUGGACGCCAUCUACCACCCAGACAAGGCCGCGGCCGCGGCCUCGCACCACCACCACCACAACCCCUUCGGGCCGCAGGGGCUGUUCGGCUUCCUGGGGCCAAAGCCGGCCGAGGCCACCGAGUCGCUGGUGACGCUGGAGCAGUCCAUCCUGCCUCGCGGCCCCACGCCGCCGGGCGUCAAGGGGCUGAUCCGCGGGUUGUGCGCGCACCAGAUCCGCUGCAUGAUGGAGGACCUGCGCAAGGAGCUGCAGCGCCGUAAGGAGGGCACCUCGUGGGUCAAGCCGGUGGUGCCCGAGGAGGCGGAGGAGGCGGCGCGGAAGGGCGGCAACGGCAAGCUGCGGCAGCAGGCGGCGCCGGCGGCGUCCUCGAGCCUGGCGGCGGCGUCUCUGUGGCGCAACGCGGCUCCCAUCAACAUUGUCGUGCAGUUGUGAGUGAGUGGCAGAGAGGCGCCGUAGUCGCUAUUGACCCGAGCAUCCUUCUUUAAGCGGACUGAGGCAGGAAUGGCGUGCUGUGGCGUGCUGUGGCAUAUUGAUGAGACCGAGUGGUUCUUGGCGAGACGAGACUGUGUGUGGUGCUCGGAACGGGCAGACAAGGGGCAGGCAUGAGAGGUGCCGUGCCGCGCGCAUGCGCGGGGGCUCAUUACGUGCGGGUGCAGCCGCGUGCGGGACAAGAGGGCAUGCUAGAUUGCUGUGCUGGUGGUGUAAGGCACCAGCUGCAUGUGUGACUGAUGGACAUGUUCAUGGCAGCAUCUCCAAGUGCUGCGGACGAGGAGGGCUGGCGGACACCGGACCGCGGUUGUUGUGCAGGCCUAAGUGGCGAUGGUGCGUGUGGGGCAUUCCGAGCAUCACGCCAUAUCGCGUUGUGUGAUGGGGACAAUAAUGAGGGCAGAUAAGUGGACGACGGCAUUUUUCCAAGGUGCACUAGGUGCGUGGCCCUAUGUGGCCCGUUUGUGCUUCAUGGGUUCAGGGAGGAUGGGCGGGAGCGGCGCCGUUGUUGUGUGAAGGGCGUGGCUGGAUUCCUAGUACAAGCAUAAGCAGAGGGUGAUGAGAAGCAAAGUCUCGAGUGUGAUGGCUGUUCUUGUGUGAAGGGCGUGCGUGCAUGCGCGGCUUGGACAGAUUUACUGAUGCGUGUGCAUGCAUUCAUGUGGAUUCUCGAACGUCAUCAUUACCUCGAGCAUUUUAGAGUUUGGCGGCUCGCGCGGAGCCGGAAGAAGGCUUGCCAGCUCCGCGCGCACUUGUGUACAUACGCCACGACGAUGGCGGCAAUGUGAUUUUGCAGAGGCCGCCCGCAGAGCUCAGUGACUCGCGGUGAUACCUGUACUUGUGUGCGCGAGCCUUUGGGUGUGCAGGACGUGGAGGGUGGCUGCGGGUGUGGAGUCUGAUGCGGACUGCGGAUGGGCUGUCCUGAGAAUCGGGACAGCGGAGAAGGACGCUGGCGAGGCGUGUGGCCCACACAUUGUAGGCAGGCGGCAGGCUGACGCACACACAAGACACGGGCCGUCACAUCACAUAAUGUAAUGGGGGUGUUGA